GUUCCGCUGCAUUGUCCAUCCAUUUAAACCCAAGCUCACCUUCUUGCAGGCACUCAAUGUCAUUGGCAUCAUUUGGAUCCUGGCAAUUACCAUCAUGUGUCCCUCUGCUGUCAUGCUCACUGUGGCACAGCAAGAGGGUAGCUACUUGGUCUGUGGUGACAACCAGAGCCUGGUGUACCCCUUGUAUUUCUGCUAUGAGGCCUGGCCAGAGAGUGAAAUGCACACUGUCUACACCACUGUGCUUUUUGUCCACAUCUAUGUGGCCCCGUUGAGCUUCAUAAUCUUCAUGUAUGGCAGGAUUGGAUUUAAACUCUACAUGUCCUCUGGUCCAGUAAGCCAGCACCACGUGGUAAGCGAAACUCAGCGCAAGACAGUAGUUUCCAAGCGGAAGCUGAAGGUCAUUAAAAUGCUUGUCCUUGUGACACUGCUGUUCAUGCUCUCCUGGUUGCCCUUGUGGACACUCAUGCUGUUCUCAGACUAUACAAACUUGGAUGAGGAGGACAUCAACCUUUUAGCUCGCCAUGGAUUCCCUUUUGCGCACUGGCUAGCCUUCUCUAACAGUAGCGUCAACCCCAUCAUCUAUGGUUACUUCAACGAGAACUUUAAGAAGGGCUUCCAGGCAGCCUUCAAACUUCAGAACUGCUCCAGAGAAAUGGUUCCUCAAGAAGUAUAUGCUGAGAAGACAACUGUCACUACCAAUGGCUUUGGUGCCAGGAAUAAAAUCCUCACCAGUGGAGAGUCUUCUGAUUCAAUCUGCUUGAAG